AUGGCGAUCCACAAGAUCCUCUUCGCUUCACUUCUUGUUUGCUUACUGAUCCAAUCCAGUCUUGGGGCUACCAAGGAAAGGCUCUUCUCCGACCUAGAGAAAGGUGCUCUUGAGGUCACCGCUAAACCUAGCCGAGAAAAUGUUGUGUUGGAUGCAGGAAUUGACAAGGUGACCGUUACAUGGAAGCUAAGCUCGACAGCUACAAAGGAGGCUGAAUUUAAGACCAUCAAAGUAAAGCUAUGCUAUGCUCCGAUCAGCCAAGUUGACCGACCAUGGCGCAAGACCCAUGAUGAGCUCUUCAAGGACAAGAGCUGCCCACACAAGAUCGUGGCCAAGCCCUAUGACAAAACCGAACAAUCACUCGAAUACACCCUCGAGCGCGACAUCCCUACCGGGACCUACUUCGUUCGUGCAUACGCAGUUGAUGCCAACGACCAUGAAGUUGCCUUUGGACAAAGCACGGACGCGGAAAAGAAGACCAAUCUCUUCAGCGUUCAGGCUAUCAGUGGCCGCCACAAGUCUCUAGACAUUGCUUCCAUUUGUUUCAGCGUCUUCUCCGUCUUGUCCCUGCUCGUCUUCUUUGUCAACGAGAAGAGGAAGGCCAAGAUAGAGCAAAGCAAAUGA